CGCACACAACAACCCGCGCUUCUACGUAUUUACGCACACAUAUACUUUUUUUUCAUUUUUUUUUCUUCAUUGACGCUGUACGCGGUGGCGAUAUUAUCCAAGUUCGACAAUCGCAAAUCGAUUAAACUCUACACCUGAGCGCGAAUUAGGAGCGUCUCCGGUGCUCAGUACUUUAUCGAGUGCUGUACUUACAACUCGGCAAUUUCAUUUAUCACUGCGGUCAGUGUCGAGAUUUUACAAGAACAUCGAUUUCUUAUAUUUUUUCUUCUUUUUUUUUUGUUUAAUGAAAAGCUCUGAUUAGUGUUGAAAGUUUAAUCGAGCUCAACAUUAAACAAUUAUUGUACCUACUUAAUUUUGAAUGAUUAUAAGUAAACAAAAAAUAAUCGAGUGUCAUCGGAUACAUUGACUGCCUGGGCCCGUGAUUUAUACCAAGUGACAAGAUGGCUUACGAUGAAAAUUAUGACUUCUGGCGAUUGACGGACUACGUCAAUCCGGACGAUUACGGGUUCAUCGAAAGUAUAAAAGGCCCGGCGCACGGCAAAGCCUCGGGUUUCCAAAUAAGCGAUAUCUUGGAGUUGGACUCCAAACCAAAAUCGGAAAGCGCAGAUGGCCAAGGUAACACCGCGACCAUGCUACCACCGAUCACAGAGGCCUAUCAGCAAUUGCUCGAGCACUCGUUCGGCCCGUCGGCUCAUACGGGCGGCUUCAGAGGCACGGGAUUCGUGCCGCCGCCGCCCGGCUCGGUUCCCAGCUUACUCAAUUGGCCUCCGGUCGCAACCGCAAACGGCCACGUAUCACCGAAUCUAGACGACGUAACCGUACUUCAGCCGCAACCUGACUCGACCAGUCCCGCGAUAUCGGACAUCUCGUACCCGUCGCAACGAGACAACAGCAUCAACGACUCGAAGGGCGAGGACGACGAGACCAACGAGGUGAUCGAGUACGACGAGGAAGACAGCAACGACGAGGACGAGUCGGCCGACAACAAAACCAAGUCGAGCGAGCAGAGCGAGUCGGGCCUCAUCGGCAGCGGCCGACCGCUCAAGCGCAAACUCGGCGACGAGUCCGAGGACGGCGACCAGUCCUCGUCGGAGCCGCACAAGAAGCGCAAACGACGAGUCCUCUUCUCCAAGAGCCAGACGUACGAGCUCGAGAGGCGCUUCAGUCAGCAGCGCUACCUGAGCGCGCCGGAGCGCGAGCAUCUGGCCUCGGUCAUCAGGCUGACGCCAACCCAGGUGAAAAUCUGGUUUCAGAAUCAUCGCUAUAAGACGAAGCGCGCCGCCACCGAGCGAGCCGAUCACCAUCAGCAACAGCAGCAGCAAGCCGGAUCGAGGCUCGACUGCUCGCCGAGACGCGUCGCCGUGCCGGUACUGGUGCGCGACGGUCGGCCCUGCCAGACGAGCAAGCUCCUCGAACCCGGCUCGGGGGCUGCGGCUGCGGCGGCGGCUGCCGCUGCCGCGGCCUCGGCGGCCAUCACCGGCUCGACGGUGCCCCCCAAUUUCCCAGGUAUGCCCCCGCAGCUAGCGAUGAACCCUUUCAUACAAAAGUCCUAUUGGUGGUAGUAGUGGUGCUGCGACGAUGGCAGUAGCGUCGAGGAAAUCGAAACAGUGUAACCAAAGAAUUUUUCGCGGCACUUUGUCGGAAAAACAUAUCGUCUGAGGCCGUUGUCAUUAUUGCUCUUUGUUUUUGAUUGAUCGUUGUUGUUCGAUUUGAUUUCGCAUCGGUCGAUAUGUCCUUCCGCCCGUGUUUUGCUGUAAUUUACUUGCUGGAUGCUGACAAUGCAUUGGAUUAAGGAGUAAUACUUUAAAGCGAUUUAUAUUCAGCAAUGUAUCGCGCCGAUCUCAUUACAUUCUAGUAAUAGCAAAAUUGCUUGCCGCUGAACUUGAUUAACUGUUAUUUUAAAAAAAAUUCGAUAUCCCGAAAAAAAUGUGCAAAUUUGAUUUUAUCCGUAUUAAUACACUGUGAUGCCCCGUACCGAUUAACGCAUGCAUCAAAUGCAUAUGUCUGCAAUGCUUGUAUUUGUAAAUUACAAAUCAUCUCUUCAUGUAAUUUUAAAUACAAAAAUUAUUAAAAAAAAAAGGAAAAUAUUUAAAAAAAUUUAAAAGAAGAAUAAAGUCACUUGAUGAUUAGUAUUAAACUCACAGUUUAAGUAAUGUGUACUUCAUUAAUAAAAGCACGUGAGCAAACGCGUCGUUACUUGCACAAAUAUAGGUACGGUCUGAGAAUCCUUUUAUCGUGCUUGUCUUUGUACAUGAAUUUUUCUCACUGGAUAGUUAAUUUAUUAAUGUUAUACUCGGUGCACAAUUAUUUCAUUGAAUCGAUCAAUUCAAUAAAAUAAACUCUAUACAUGUGAACGAUUUUUUUUCAAAGCAUCAUUAAUUGAUAGUAUCGAGUAAAAAUAGUCAGGGUGUUAGUUAGUUGUAAUUUUUUUGUGCUUUAGGAUUUAUUGUAUGUAUGGUGAACGAAUAUGUUGAAUUUACAAAAAAGUAUCAUUACAAAUCGAUACCAAGCCAAUGUGUAGACUAAAAACGUGCGUAACAACUGCAUCAGAGAGUUUUUAUCGAUUUGUAACUGAUGUGAUUUCUUUCAACUUAUUUGUCUCUUCGACAACUCAAAUAAAUGUAUAAUUACAUAAAAUGCCGCAUGUGUAAAUUAAAGCUAAUCGUAGAUUCGCGUUUAUAUUUUCAUUUUAAAUUUCUUCGACGAUAUAUAGUUUUUUGUUUGCCAAUUGUGCAAUUGUAAAUUCGAUACGAUCUCUAUACUACUAUCGUCAAAUGCGUCAGGUGGUAAAUUUAAUUACUUAAGACGUAUACUCGUACAUUCCGAGAAACUAACUCAAAACGUUGUCAGCCUUUACCAGUAAAUUGUAUACUAUGCACGAUUGAUUUUUUUUUGUAAUGUGAAAAAAAUCGGAAAUAUAUAAAGAAAGUAUAUAUUAAUCUUAUAAUUAAAUGUAAAUAUUGAAAUUUAUGAGAUCAAGCUAUAAAUGACAUCCUCAUUUUAAUCUAAAUUAUGAAAUCUUCAAGAUGUUAGAGAAAAAAAUCAUAAUUAUAUAGAUAAAAGUAACUGAAAAUUAUAUAGUGUGAAACGUUAACACGGUUCAAUAAUAUAUUAUAUGCAACCUGUUAGAUUAAUAAAAAAGGAAAAGAGCGAUAGUAGCUUGUCGUCGUAAAGCUCUAUGUAAAUAAAUUUUGUAAAUAAUGUAUUAUAAUUAUAUAUGGUUACCAAAACUAUACAAGCAACGUAAUGGAGGAAUAAAAUACAAUACUA